GUGCCUCCUUUGGCAAGCCCACACAGCCAGUGGCGCACACUCGAAGGCCAGGUGUGGGAGGCUGUCAAGAACCCAGAUCUGUUGGGAGCAACUUCAGAGGUGGUUGGCCACCUUCUUGAUCAGGUUGAGCAGGGCAGCUUAGGUUGGUGGCUGUGCCAGGAGAUCUUGGCCCUCCAACGUUCUUUUGACUUGACUUUGCUCUUGCUUGUUGCUCGGGGCUUUGAAGUUUUGCGCAAAUCGCAGCCACAGGGGCACAGGCAAAUGCGAGUCACAUCUUGCAACAUCACUUCUUGGAGGCCAGAAGUCAAGCAAUGGUUUUCAGCUCAAGGGGAUGUUAUCUUGAUUCAGGAGCACCACCUUUUGGAGUCCCAAAUUGUUGCUGAAAUUUCGUCUAUGGCUGCCAUGGGCUUUGACUCUUUCCUUGUGCCCGCAGCCCCUGGGGAGGGCCAGUAUACCAACCAAGGUUGCGGUUACGUGGCGGUGACGCUACGCACACAAGGGGCUGACUUGACAGUAGUUAGCCUGUACCUCCAGUCUUCUUCCGGCUUCGGGUCCCCGGUCAACUCUGACAUCCUUGCAUCUCUGCGCGCAAUUCGUCAAUCUGUGAGGGGCCCAAUCCUGAUAGGUGGAGACUGGAACUCGCCUUUGAAGGAUUUGUUGGACACUGCCAUUUUUCAAAGUUUGUCCCUGGAACCAAUUGGGCCCAACAAAGCCACCUGUGGUGACAAUGAGCUUGAUUUUCUGGCUGUAUCACACUGCCUGGAAGGUUUGCUCCGGGUUGAUGCCUCCUGGGAUGUUCCUUUCAAGCCACAUGCAGCAAUCCAAGUUGCCCUCAAUGUGGGCGCUUUCCAGCUCACCACUCCACAGCUUCCCUCCUUUGUGCUUUCCUUCAGGGAAGAACCGCUUGAUUACAUACAGGUUGAGGAGACCCUCGCCUCCUUGCCGGAUACCACCUUUUCGGCUGACCCUCUGAGCAAUCGACUGGCUUCCAUUUCCAGUUCGGUUGAGCACAGUCUUUUGCAAUCGUCCCAGGGUAUUGGUCGCCAACUCCAAGUUGCAUUCCUCCCAGCUGUUCCUCGCAUGUCCCAGUUCGCAUGGGAAGGUUCUUGCCAGGCUUUUUGGCACCGGGUACAAUUUCUGUGCCAGGGAGACCACCCCAAACGUCGAGAGCAAUGCCAGGAGUAUUUGCCGCAGAUCCUGGACCACUGGCAGGGCAACUCGGAGGAAGCUGUUUCUUUUCUUUCUACGCUCCAGGCCUGUCUCUCGGAGCAGGCUGCUGUUCCCGAGCCCGUCCAGCAAAUAUUGCAGGAGCAAUUUCUGCUGGCCUCUAAAGUUCACCAGGAUGCCCAGACCAAAUCGUACAGGUCGUGGUUGCAGGGAGCCCAAGAAAAAGGGAUGGCCCCCCUUUUCAAGACGAUCAAAAAAGGUGAAAUCACCACUGCACGUCCCUUUCGGGAUCUGUCCGCAGAGGUUCGCGCCCUGGCCAGAACCAAACUAUGGCUCCGCACUUGGAAAGGCGUACUUAGAGUUGAGGACCUUCCUCCUCUUCCACACGCAGAGCAACAGGCUCGCGGAAAGCUACGGGAACUUGCUGCUCAGCAGGUCGCUACCCUGAGCCCCAUUUCCCCGGAACAGCUGCAACAAAGGUUUUCCAAAGGCAGGGUCACUGCCCCAGGACCGGACGGCUGGAGCAAGUCCCUUCUCAAGAAAUUGACUUGGCCAAUGCUUCAGGACAUCGCUGAAUUUUAUCAGGAGCUCGAAAGAGGCCUCCGAGUCCCGCAGCAGUGGUCCCUGAUCCAAGAGUGGACGGUCUCCUACCAGGCCCUGGCUCCUUGGGAUGCCGCAGUGCCAGGUCGAACAUCUUUAGACAUCGGCAUCCGCCGGCCACUGGCCUCACUCACAACAUCGACCAGUGGCUGGAUGACAUUUCGGCUGACGUGGUAG